ACCACACCCGCCUCUCUGUACACAAAAAAAAAAAAUCAAAACUAAACAACAUUAUUAUAGUUUACCGCAAAUGCAAAAACUUAUAAAAUAAGAAAAUGACUAUGGACGUGUUGGAUUUCCGACGUUGAAAUUUUGUCAUGUGCAGGAGCGCGUGUGUAUGUGUGUGUACGUGUGUGUGUACAUGUACGUAGACAGCUUCUGUCUCGUGUGCAGUAUCGUGGAUUGUUGCUGAGGUGUGUACAAAAAGACUCACGGAGCAAAGCCUUUUUUGUGGCCGUGUGAACGUGGUGUGAACAGACCAAAGGGGAAUCCAGUAUGAGCAUGAAGAUGAAAGAUGACGGACUUGUAACAACCAUGGGCAAAUCAAAAAUAAAGAAAAUGGAGAAGUCCAAACCUGAUUCUGAAAGGGAUUCUGGCUUCUCAGAUGCUAGUUCUGAGCAUCUGAGUGUACUUGACCAGACAGAGAUAGAGGAUGCGACACGACCGGCUAUGCAAGCAGCGUCAGGUGCUAGGUCACAGGCGUCUCGGGUGGCUGUCAUUGGAGGAUCGUUCCAAAAUAUGUCACCCAUGAUCAUCAUGAAUAAUGUUCUUCUCAAACAGCCCAGUGAUAAUCCUCCCUCUGUGAAGCCAUGGAGCUUCCGUCCAGCUGUUGAUGUUGUACAGCAACCCCAAGUAGUUUUUCUUCAACCGGUGAUCUCGCAGAGAACUGCUUCAGAGACAAAAGGCCCACCCAGUAAGCGUCGAAAGCACAAGAAGUACCUCCCGAUCCUGAAAUCCUAUCCCAAAAUUGCUCCCCACCCGGGGGAGAGUCAACGCAGUAGCUGCCCUAGUAGCAGCAGCUCCACCGUCACAGAAUCACUGAAGAGUUCCAGUUCAUCUUCCAGCUCUUGGGAUGCUCCUGAUGAAGACAAGCAGCAAGAUCUUCAAACUAAUUCAUCUUCUGACUCCUUCACUUUGAACCACAUUACACCAAUAAGUCAUCAUCCAGAGUCACCUCAGCUCCAUACUCCAGUUACUGAUUCAAACACAGGUAGUUGUCCUGGUGUGGAAAAUCCCACUGCUGAAAGACUGGAGCCUGCGACAGAACUCACAGAAAUGCACAUAAAAACAUUACAGACCAAACCGCAGGCCCUCUUUAAAGAUGGCACCUGCCAGGACGGGGAUUCUGACAGCAAUGACAAGAGGAAGCGUUUCUGCAACACCUACAAUAUACUAAGCAAAUCGGGCCUUCUGGACAUCACACUACGCACUAAAGAGUUGAUACGACAAAAUCGACGCACUCAGGUUCAGCUAGAUCAACUCCGUGAGCACACAAACCUUUUUAUGGAGGCCCUACAGACUGGAGACUUGUGUAUCUGGAGCAAACUACAGAUGAGUAUGCAGGAAGAAAGUGAGAAGGAGAAGACUGUAAAUACUGGAUCAGAGACACAAAUGGAUCAAUUGAAGUAGGACACUUGAAACAGAAAAGAAACUUUUGGAAACAUUUGUGCAAAUGUUAGCAGUCCUUGAUUUUUUUUUUUUUUUUAAAGAUGCACCAAUCAUUUGGUCGUGACUGGUUCUGCCCUGUCAGCCAGGCAUCACAAGUUUAAUCGCAACAGGCAUCUGUAGCCAGGAGCUGUCGGGAGUAAGGCUCACGUCAAUCAUAGCGGCACUAUCCAGUCAUGUGCACCUGCGGAUUAUUUCCGCCCCCAAGGGUGUGUGAACAGCAAUUCAAGAAGCUCUUUUCAAAAUAUGUUACCCAUAGUGACAUAUUUCAGUGAUUAGCUUUAAUUCUCUCUGUUGAAUUUUUAUUUUCAGUUGGAUUUUAUUGGUACAAAAAGCUCGGAUCAGUAACUUGGAGAAAGUCCUGUAACCUUGUGCAGUUUGGGGAAAACUGUAAACAUUAUUUAAUACUUCCAUGUUUUAUUAUGGGCAUAUAAUAAAUGGGACAGCAGGUCCCGCAGGUAGCUUGCAGCUCCAUAGUUCCUGGGUCAAUCCUGAGUUCUGGUUGCUGACUGUGUGGUGUUCCACACUGUUCUGCUAGUAGUCUAUGAGGGUAUUCUUCUGAGUUGUCAUCCUAAAUUAUGCUGAUAGUUGGAUUGGCUAAUAAAACUUGCUCUUGAAUGUGCAAUGCAGUGCCAUGCUAUCGAAGGGUAUUCCCAUCUCAUUCUAAGUAUUUCCUAGGUAUAUUCCACAGUGACCAUGGUGGAGGAAUUACUGUAGAUAAGUGAGUACAUUGGUUCACUUAUAAUGAAAUCCAGUUAUACAGAACCAUGAGUGAAGUAGGAAAGUUAAAAGAUAAACUGAAAUGUCUAACCUUGAUAAACAUAUCUGAUGUCUGCGCAAAUGAAAAAUAAUCUUCAUAAAUAUUAUAGUAUUUCCGAGCACUUCUGAUAGCUUUCAUUUUUGCCUCAGUAAUACAGCUAGAUUGUGAGGUUGAGUAGUAUUAUUAACAUUGUGAAUGUGCUUCUGGACUGUUGAGUAGCAUGUUUUAAAACAGAACUAACCAGUAAUAUAAAAACUAGGUUAUGGAGAAGGGAAAAAUUUUUGACAUAUCAGCAGGCAAAGCAGUCAGGUACGUUAAUGCUCUGUAGACUUUUAGUAAUUUGGGAAUUAAUAAUCAUACUUAUGUUUAUAAGAUCUGAAACACUUCUGUGCCUCUGUAACUCUUCAGAUGUAACUUUUGCAAUGUUUGCAACAGUUCUCUGCUGUGCUUCUUUACCCAUACGUUACCUAUGUACUUACAUGUAGUAGCAUAUAAUAGGCUAUGCUUAACUGCUCUUCUUGGAUAAAUAUCAGAGAGGAACAGAUAUGUAUUAGAGGUAAAAAUUGAGAGCUCACAAAUUCAUAACGUUAUUGCUUUUUAAUGGUUUGACCAGAUCACUUAUUUAAAGCAAGUGUAAGAGCCUGUUAGUUGAAUCCUAAAUUGUAAAACCUGUUGCCUUAAUUUCAAACACUUGGUUCUCUAUAUACAGUUGCCAGAACAUCUAUUGUCCAUGUGUGGCAUUGUGGUUGACUGGUCAACUGCAAUACGUGCUAUGUGUUUAAAAUUAGUAAAAAAUGUUCUUUUAGUAUUAACCUACAAUUUGGUCUCCCAAACACUUUGAAUUAAGGUAAUUGAACACGUGUUAUUACCUUUAAGCAUGAUUACUGUUGGCUUUUUUUCCUUUAAAAAAAUAUUUUUUUUUGGUAAAUGAAGCAUUAACUAAAAUGUUGCACUUAAGCAACUGGUGUUGCUCAGAUUAGAUAUUUUUUAGCUAAAUAUCUAGCAAACAAGUUUCUCAAGCAUUGGUUCUCUCUUAAACACAGUAUAUAUAGUUUGUGCACUGAUUUACACAAAUUUACAGAAAAGUGUAUAAACAGCCAACCAGUUUUCUUUUAUUUAUCCUUCAGUUUGCAGGGAUCUUAUGAAAGGCAUCCAUGUGAUGCAUCUUUUUUUUUUGUCUCAGCAUCAUUACAAAAGGCUCUGAAAUGUACUUAAAGUUAAACCUUGGAUUGUGAGCAUAAUUAAUUCCAGAGAUGUGCUUGUAAUCCAAAGCAGUCACAUAUCGAAGUGAAUUUACCCAAAAGGAAUAAUGGAAACUGAUAAUUCGUUCCACAAUGCAAAAAUAUUCAUGUCAAAUUAUUAAUAUAGUAUUCCAAAACACUCGUAAACCAAAUCGAAUUAUUCCAUAAGAAAUAAUGGAAAUUAAAAUUAUUAGUUCCACAGGCCAAAAAAAUUAAUACAUAAAAAUAAUUAAAAGAAAAAUAUAAUGUAAAAAUAAAAUGAAGUAACCUGCACUUUAUCUUUGAAAAGAGCGUAUGUGUCUGUAAAAAUAAAUAAUAAAAUCCCGAAAUGAAAAAAAGUCAAAAUAAAUCCCGACAGAUAAGUGUUUCCGUUUGCAGGCGCUGUGCGUGUUUUUGUGUAGAGAGGGAGAGAGAGUCUGUGAGACUUGCUUUUGCUUUACAUGUGCGCUGUACACACACAUACGAACACAAAAUAAAAUGUUUUACGCACACACACACGUAUUCACAGUGUUAUAGUGAACAGUACACGCGUGCACGAAUGUUGCACUAAGACCCAGCAGGGGAGACGAUUACCCACAAUUCCACAGCGCAAGAGAGAAAAACUGUUGGCCCAGUUGUGAUCAAGUUACUCGCAAUCCAAGGUUUUACUGUAAAUCAUUGGAAAAGAUUAGCUGAUUCUUAUAAUCACACCUAGUAUGAGGAAAGAUUUUUUUAUAGUCAGGUGGACAUUUUCUAGGCCACUAGCAUUAUCAAAGUAGCUUUUUCUCCUGUUCUGACAUAUUCAUGCACAUGCAUAUAUCUAUUACUUAAUAGAAGUAAUAUACAAGAUUUUGCUUUGCGGCAGCUAAAAGUUGACCAUUAGUUUGUAACUGUGACAUUUUCUUUUACAAAACUUUUAAAGCAUUUAUUCUAGUCUGUAAAUUUCACACUAACCACAGCAGCAUUCUCCCGCCUUUAACUAUGGUAUUUACCAUUGCUUUCAGACAAAGGUUGUGUAUAAGUGCAUCUCCUUGUCCCUCCGUCGUGUAGGUUUUGUAAGCUGUGGUUACUGUUCUUGUGGCUCUUGCCUAUUUAUUGGUCUUUCUUUUUAAAGCCUUUCAGUGCAUUAGUUUCUCUUCAUCUUGUGCAUCAGCUGUGCCUCUUAACCUUAAAUCAUGGAAGUUUCCUUUGUAAAUGUAUGUGUCCGUUAUUAACUUUGUUCCCAUCUUCUUAAGAGAUAUAACUGUCAUUAUCAGUGGGUCAGAGCUAGACCAUAAAGGUAGAACAGGUAACAGAUUUUAGAUGUGUGGGUAACUGCUAUAGAGAAAACCUCCUUUAUAACAAAUCAUACCCACAAUUCUUUUUUUUUUGUUCUCAUAUCUUGCAUGUAUUUGCAAUGGUUAUCAUUGUUAAAUGGUUACCAUUGUUACUCAGCUUUGCAAAUAUUUACUGCCAAGAUAGUGAUUAUUAUGUAAUAUAUGGACAGCCAUGUUUUCCUUUUUUUAAUCCGGUUUGCAAUUUUUUUUAACAAUGUACUGUAUAAGUAAGGACAUUCCAUUUUUGCUGUAAGACCAAUACACGUAUUUACUUCUCCAUAGUCUUCCACUGUAGCAUAUGUGAAAGUACAACCCAAAUGUAUCAUACAACAGUUUGAAAUUAUGUGAAUUUGGCUAUACACCGAAGACAUUCAUGACUUGAAGCCAAAAAAAAAAUCAAUCAGAACCACUGCAUAUAAGUGUUGGGGACUAACAGUAAAACAAUUUGUAGUGUUUUGAAAAAGUAAGAAAACCACUAAUGUACUUAAAAAAAAAUAAUAAUCAACAGUCAGUAAUCACCAACCACCAACAAAAUUCCACAGGGUAGUGGUGAUCGUGUCACAAUCUAAAGAAUUGAACACUUUGAAGGCUUUGAGAGUAGAAGAGACCAUACCAUAAUGCACAAUAUAAAACACUCAGCAGCAGCAAGAAUCAGAAUGCCAGAUUGGAUUUACAGAAAAAAAAGACAGAUUUGCAAGAUUAACUUCUACCAAAGUGAUGAAAAGACCAUAGUGUUCUGAAAAACAACAUCUGCCCAGGGUUUAAAACAUGAGCUCAUCAGCCAAGCAGGGUGGAGGCUUGGGCUUGCAUGACUGGUUUUUAGACCAGGCUAAUCUGGUCAAACUAAUCUUUACUGAUGAUGUAACUCAUAAUGGGAGCAGAACAAAUAAUUUGGGAGUCUACAGAAACAUUCUGUCUGCCGAAUCAGAGGACAUUAUUAUGCAGUAAGGGGGCAGUCUCUGUCUAGUUGUCCUUUACUUUUGCUCGCUUACAAACUGGGUGGUUUGCCAAUGUAAUAUGGUACUAUGUUUUAAGUUAUUGAAUACACCUAGCUAUAAAUAUCAGGAAAUGAAAGCUAACAUUCUGAUCUAUCCUAUCAUAUAGUCAGCUUUUGAACUCGAAUGUCUUCAGUGUGUAGCGAAAACGAAGGGACCCUGCUGUUCCAAUACUUUUCGAGGGGGCUGUAUAUUAUAAUAGGGUUAUGUCCCUCAAAUAACCCAGAUUUUUGUUCUGAAAUAGAAUGGAGUUUAAGAGAAAAACAUAUUGAAAUUGCAGUGCUAAUACAUCAGUGUUACUUUUCUGCUUUGGGGCACUUUUACAAGAUCAUUCAAAAUGAAGAUUUUGGUGAAAUGUGAAAAAUCUGUAACUUGCCAUGAAUAAAAGUAGUAAUUUAAAAAUGUUA